GACUUGUGUUGUUUUUACCUACUUCAUUUUUAAUGAUAUAUGAAUAAUUCAUUAUGAAUAUAUGAACAUGCAGACACGUGACAUCGUGUUGCCAUGGUAAUGGUAAUGCAUGUCAAUUAGUGCUUUUAUUUUGAAAGUCCUGUACAGGAAGUGUUUCGUGUUAACUAGAGCAGGUCGGUUCUGCGCAGCUGCAGACCGGAAGUCCACGUCAGGACAAGACGUGUGAGUGAGUCCCGGUCUGUCCCGGUCUGCACAGGUCGGUUCUGCUCGGUUCUGGAGUGAAUCCGUCUCAGCUCGACUCUUUUCUUCAGACACAAAAUGGCGGACGAGGCCACGCGCCGGGCGGUGUCGCAGAUCCCGCUGCUAAAGACGCACGCGGGGCCCCGGGACCGCGCGCUGUGGCCGCAGCGGCUGAAGGAGGAGUACCAGGCUCUGAUCCACUUCGUGGAGCAGAACAAGGCGGCGGACAACGACUGGUUCCGCCUCGAGUCCAACGCGGACGGCACGCGCUGGACCGGUACGUGCUGGUUCAUCCACGAGCUGCUGCGCUACGAGUUCCGGCUGGAGUUCGACAUCCCGGUGACGUACCCGGACACCGCGCCCGAAGUGGCGGUCCCGGAGCUGGACGGGAAGACCGCGAAGAUGUACCGCGGCGGGAAGAUCUGCCUGACCGAGCACUUCGCGCCCCUCUGGGCCCGGAACGCGCCGCGCUUCGGCCUCGCGCACCUGAUGGCGCUGGGACUCGGCCCGUGGCUCGCGGUGGAAGUCCCGGACCUGAUCAGCAAAGGACACGUGGUCCACAAGGAGCGGCAGCGCGAGGCUGCGGCGGAGUGACGUCACCAGGUCUAAACGUGAACAGUGAAAAACUGAACGAGACCGGAAACCACAAAAACAUCAACACGAGACCGGAAACCAUAAAUGAUGAAACUGACAGACAGAGGACAGGCAGAUGACAGACAGACAGACAGAGGACAGACAGACACUGACAGACAGACAGAAGACAGAGGACAGACAGACACUGACAGACAGACAGAAGACAGGCAGACAGACAUUUUCUUUGAGAAAUAAAAAGUUUCUUUGAAUACAAACGUUCUGUUUUGUAUUAAAGUGACUCCACCUCCACGUCAGACAGACAAGGUGAUGACAGACAGUUCAGAGUGUAAACAGAGUGACCUGUAAAGAUUUAAUAACAAUAAAGAUGAUUUAAUAUUUAAUAAGA